CUUUUACCUGCAAACGCCUCAUUAGGGAUUGCAAAUUUGAGAUUUCAUACAUGGUAGACAAGGAAAUCAAGGAAGACGAAGAUAUACUCCUUCGGUUCAUCGAAUCGGCCAUGGAGUCAGGUCCUGAAUUCAAGAAACAACAAGAUGAUCUACGCCUUGCAAAUAAAGAAGGUGAAUUCAAGAAAGAACAAGAUGAUCUAAGCCUUGCAAAUAAAGCUGAAUUCAAGAAAGAACAAGAUGAUCUAAGCCUUGCAAAUAAAGAAGGUGAUGGCGGAUUCAAGUCUGAAACUGGAGAAGAAAAUCACGAAGUUCUCAAUGAUCAUAUAUCGUAUUCUUCGUGUGAUAUCAAGGAAGACGAAGACAUUAUCCUACGGCUGCACGAAUCGUUCAUGGACUCGGUUUGUGAAUCAGUGCACGCGGCUGAUUUGGCUCGUCAACAAAUCCUUGCAGACAAAGAAAGUAGUGGCGGAUUCAAACAUAAAAUUGAAGAAGAAAAACAGGAAGACCUCCAUGAAGAUGCAUCGCAAUCUCUAAAUGCUAUCGAGAAAGAUGAAGAUAUGAUCCUUCGGUUGAACAGAUUGUUCUUGGAGGCAGUUCGUCAAUUCCUUGCAGACAGAGAAAGGCCUGACGGAUUCAAGCCUGAAACUGAAGAACAUCUCCGUGCGGAUUCACCACAUUCUCGAUAUAUCAAGAAAAACGAAGAUAUUAUCCUUCGGUUGGACGAUUUGUUCAUGGAGUCAGUUCGUGAAUUCAAGACAAAACAAGAUCGUCGAAGCCUAGCAGACGAAAAAAGCCAGGGCGGAUUUAAGCAUCAAAUUCAAGAAGAAAGCCAGGGCGGAUUUAAGCAUCAAAAUGGAAAAGAAAGCCAUGGCGGAUUUAAACAUCAAAAUGGAGAAGAAAGCCAUGGCGGAUUUAAACAUCAAAAUCGAGAAGAAAGCCAUGGCGGAUUUAAACAUCAAAAUCGAGAAGAAAGCCAUGGCGGAUUUAAACAUCAAAAUCGAGAAGAAAGCCAUGGCGGAUUUAAACAUCAAAAUCGAGAAGAAAGCCAUGGCGGAUUUAAACAUCAAAAUCGAGAAGAAAGCCAUGGCGGAUUUAAACAUCAAAAUCGAGAAGAAAGCCAUGGCGGAUUUAAACAUCAAAAUCGAGAAGAAAGCCAUGGCGGAUUUAAACAUCAAAAUCGAGAAGAAAGCCAUGGCGGAUUUAAACAUCAAAAUCGAGAAGAAAGCCAUGGCGGAUUUAAACAUCAAAAUCGAGAAGAAAGCCAUGGCGGAUUUAAACAUCAAAAUCGAGAAGAAAGCCAUGGCGGAUUUAAACAUCAAAUUCGAGAAGAAAACCGAUAUGCUUUCAGUAGAAACGAAGACAUUAUCCUUGAACUAUUCAUUGAGUCGAUUCGUCAACCUGUAAACGCGUUUGAUCUUUCCAAGCAAGAACAAAACGACAAACUUCUCUACGGUCACCACGAUCUGCAAAGAGACAAAGAAAGCCAUGGCGGAUUUGAGCAUAAAGUUAAAGAAGCCACUCGAGAAGAUCUCCUUGGAUAUGAAUCACAUUCUCAAUAUCAUGAUUACGAUAUUAUCCUUCAGUUCAACAAAUUGGCCAUGGAGUCGGAUCGUAGAUACGUUGCCAGUAAACUCCAGAAAGAACAAAAGGAUGAAGAAAAUGACGGAAGAUCCAAGUAUAAAACUGAAGAAGGUGAGACUCCUCCGAUUAAAAAGAACCUGGAAGAAUCGAAUACUUCAGAAACAUUCAAAAUCAAAGAGUGUCCAAAAGUGAAGACAGAGAAUGAUGAUCCGUUUGAUAUGCCAUUGAAGCCUCUUGAAGAACUGGAGGAAAUUGUGUUGAAACUCUACAAAUUCAUGGAUUAUACAUCUUCGAUACUGAAAGAUAUACAGAGAGUGAAAUACAAAGAGCAGGAUAAGUAUCAUUUUCUUGACAACGUUCGCCUCCUGUUUCUGUCGUCGUCUCGGAAGGUGGACGUAAUAAUUGAUGAACUGAAACUUUUGAAGGAUAAAGAAAUUGGGGAGGUGAAAUCUCCCCCCACAAAUGCUCUGAGUCCUGAAAUCGCUUUAUUUCAAGCGGUAGAGAUAAAUGCAAAGUUGGUCAAUCGCUCUUUUAUCCAUACCGUUGCUUUCCUGUAUGAUGACAAAUGUAGGGAAAAGGAGAUUUCAUGUUGCAUAGCUGAGAUGAAUCGAACCAUGGAAAACCUCAGGGUAGUUCUCUUGAGAGCAAGACCACGAAAAUGGCUACUUUCCAGGUCACUAAGAAUUUGAGAGAACUGAAGCAGCUUCCGAAUGGCUUUGAGGGAUAGAACGAAACAAAGAGCAAACGGCCACUAUACUAUACCCCUAUUCAAACUUCCAUGUACGUGAUUACCAGUAUCAGUGUGUGCUACCACUCACAAACAUCACAUACAAAAUUCUUCUCUGUCUCUAGCUAUGAAUAAUAAGUUUGGAAGUAGAUUCUAUGGUGUUCAAUAUACAAGUAGUCAAUAGAAUCAUCUCAUCCUAUACUUGGGAACUUAAGAACCAA